GGGGGCGGGGACAGGAUAACGCGCUCAGAGGAGAAAGAGGAGGAAAAAAGAGACCAUAGAUUUCCAUCUGGGCCUAGAGCGGCUCUUAAAGUAGUGGGAAAGGAGGGCGGGCGGGGACUACGUUCUGUACAGGCCGCCGGCGGUAUCAUGGCGACCCGGAAUCCCCCUCCCCAAGAAUAUGAAAGUGAUGAUGAAUCUUACGAAGUGUUGGAUUUAACUGAGUAUGCAAGAAGACACCACUGGUGGAAUCAAGUGUUUGGCCACAGUUCUGGACCUAUGGUAGAAAAAUACUCAGUAGCCACCCAGAUUGUAAUGGGUGGAGUGACUGGCUGGUGUGCAGGAUUUUUGUUCCAGAAAGUUGGAAAACUUGCAGCAACUGCAGUAGGUGGUGGCUUUCUUCUCCUUCAGAUUGCUAGUCACAGUGGCUAUGUGCAGAUCGACUGGAAGAAAGUUGAAAAAGGUGUAAACAAAGCAAAAAGACAGAUUAAGAAGCGAGCAGAUAAAGCAGCACCUGAAAUCAACAACAUAAUUGAAGAAGGAACAGAAUUUGUCAAACAGAACAUUGUGCUAUCCAGUGGAUUUGUGGGAGGCUUUUUGCUAGGCCUUGCAUCUUAAGGAUAUGAAUAUUCUACCACAGUGGAGUCACCUAGGAGAAGAGAAGUGGUGGCGACAAGGUGGGCUGUCAACAUUACACGUCGCCAGACUCUCCGGGGUGACGAGAAACAACUAGCUGGACAAUAUCAAACUCACAACUUAGCGUUUUGCCAUCUGCAGUUUGGCAAACUAGUAUCUGCUAUAAAACAACCUAUAUGGUACGUGUACAAUAGUAUUCCUGAGCAAAACAUGGCUUUCAUUUGUUUAAAUCAGAUGUUCUUUAUUGUGCUUUGUAGUAUAGUGCUGAUAAUUACAAAUCUGUAUUAUAGCUUCAAAAUUAGGGCUGACUUGUUUUGAAAGAUACGUUUGCAAUAAAAUGAAGAGCUGUAAUGCCCUUUUGUGGAAGGAUUUAGAAAUAGUAGAUUAUUAAUGACGUGAAAGCAGAUUUAAUACCAAUUUUUAGGUUGUUGUUCCCUGCAGCUCUUACUUUGCUCAUAUAAUGACCAUAGUAAACAGUUUCAAGAAAGGCUCUUCUAAGGAAAUGUUACAUGUUUAAAGCUCUUUUUGUUUUUUCUUUUUGAUGUCUGUAGUUGUAAAAGUAUAUCUUCUUGUAUGUAAGCUUCUAAUGUUUUUAUUGAUAUAUUUAUCCUGGCAGCCUAAGCAGAACUAUUUUGAGGGUACAUAUAGUUGGGUCACUGAUUCAUUUUAUUAACUUUGAGUGAAUCUCCUUUCCCAUUUCUAAAAGUCGUAAUUAUAAUUUUGGCCUCUUCUUCACAAAGAGGUAAAAAUCACCUGAAAAUACUCAGUAGUAUAGUAUGAAUUUACUGUCUAAAGAACAGAGAUUUUUCUAUAUAAUCAUUAAAUUGUAGCUUAAACAGAAUUAUCUCCUUGAUCUUGUCUGACAGUAAGUGCUAAGGCUUUCAAAUUUUUGGUAGCAUUUUGUUGGCUGAACACUAGGCUAUUUGACUUGAUUCUCAGGGCUGACAUCACACUCCCUUUGUGGCUUCUUUGCCCAGAAAAGCUUUCUGUAUUGCUUGUUUUGUCUGUAGAGUUCUAGGUUGGAAUUGGAAAAAAUAUCAGAACAAGUGUUGGAGUCUUCAGAUUGGAAAGACUUUGCUGAUAUUCAGACUAUCUCCUUUUGAUAGGAAGUGCUCAUAGUAUAUUUUGUGUAUUGUAAAAUAAGGCAUUUGAUACUUUCAAGAUUGGUUACAGUUUGUGUGCUUUCAUUAUUGUAAGACCCCUUAAAAUUGAAUGUGGGAUUGAUCUUUCUUUUCUUUUCUUGACUUUCAUUAGUGCCUCAGACACAAUGCUAAAUAAAACUCAGACUUUCUUAAUAUGAA